AUGCGAGCUACUAUGGGUGUAGGAUGUAGACAUGGACUGAAGAAGGCUACGCCAUACGCAAAGCUCAAAUCGUUCUAUGCUCCUCAUUUUUUCAGUAUUGAUAAACUUCACCUAUUUGGACACAAUCUUGGACAUCAAGUCUGGAAAAUGCUGUAUGGAAAGUUGGGUAAAGGCUCACCCCUGACAUUGAAGCGGAAGUACUACACAGCAGUCAGCGAAGCAUUAGCAAAGGCAAGAAAGCAUGUGCCAGAAACGUUUGAAGGCACGUUUAUAUACUUACAGUCUCAAUCUGGAUAUGCGAGAUCAGUUGAUUGGAUUACCUUUAUGCGAUAUAUUGUCCCUACUUUAGUCAUUGAACAAAUUGACCAGCAGCAACAGCAUGCAAGAGCAGAUAAGAAGGCCGAUUCUUAA